AUGCUUGCCUGGUGUCUGCUGAACGUGCUUUUUGGCGUGGGCAAAGACGAGGCAACCCUAUAUGACUCAUUUUUGGCUGAUCUUGAUGAAUUGUCUGAUAUUGAAGAACAUCUGGUUAGACAUUACAGUUUCUUCCCAUGUCAGGGCUUUCCUGUUAUGCUUGCACUUAAAAUAAAAUUAUUACGUAUUCAAAUCCUCACUUGUUCUCAUGUUUUGCCAAUUCUUAAUGUACACUUUUCACGCAUCUGUUUUCUUUGUUACUAUUUGGCCUAUGGUCCAUGGUUGACCACAUUUACUCACUUCGAGGAAGGAGAUGAUGACGAUGCGGAGCACAUGGAGGAUGAUGUGGACGGUGACCUGGCAGACAUCCAAGCACGUAAUUAUGAAGAUCUUGACAGUGUCUCCAAGUAUGCUGUCACGGACAUGAGGAAGCUCGCGAAUAGAAUGCAGUUUGGAGUGCAAGAAGAGAGCUCUUUAGGUGAUGGGCUGGGGGAAGGAUAUGGAAUGCUUGGUCAAGCUAGAAAUGGGAAGUUGCGUGUAUCAGUUGGUCAGAGCAGGCUUGCUGCUAAAGUUGCCAAGAAAUAUAAGGACAGAAAUUAUGGAAUCAGUGGUGCAACUUCUGGACUGACUUCGAGCCUGGCUUUCACGCCCGUGCAGGGGUCGAGCUUUCAAAUCCCCAGGCAAUCAGCUUGGUGGUGGAACAAGCACAUACUUUUCAGAGACGGAACUUUUUCUAAAAUCAAGAGAACUAGUACAACACCCAUGUAUUACAUGGGUGGCGACGGUGCCUCGUUCAUGGACGGAUUCAUAAAAGUGGGAUGCGUAUCCGGACAAGUCAAAUCCAAGACCGUCUCGGUCGGCGCCUAUCGUUACCAUAAAUAAUCAACAUAUCUAUAUAUAUAUAAUAAGAAUUAACAUUUAUCAAAAAUAGUA